GACGUAAGUGACGUAAAAAAUCAAAGAGCAAAGUCUUUUGAUUUGAAUAGAUAAAAAUAAUUAAUUUGAAUUUAUAUAAAUGGGUGUUCAAUUUCUUGAUUAUCAUUAUAAUCGCUGCGAUGGAUCAAAUAAUAAAACUAAACAAUCAGACCGCAGGAAGAGACAAAAUAGCUAGGUUGUUACAAUACCUCAGCAGGCUUUUAUGGCACAACUUGGACAAAAAUAAAAACGCCGUUUUAGGACUGAAAAAUUUAGAAUUCCAACUCAGCACGUUUAGAAAACUAUUGAGAUUUGGACGCUUUGCGGAGAGCAUAUAUGCCACUUUGCCACUGUUCGAAGAGGAUGCGGCAACGAUAAGGUACACGGUGAUACUGAGCAAAAUCACGAAUGCUCUGUUUCUUCUGGCCGAUCACAUUUUAUGGUUGGGCAGGGCCGAUUUGUGCACCAUCGAUACCGAAAGAUGGGCGAAUUUAUCCAACAGAUACUGGCUCUAUUCCAUUACUAUGAACUUAGUCAGGGAUUUUUACGAAAUAUCGCUGAUCCUAAAAGCCAACAAGAGCUCUAUUAUGACUAAAACGUUUGAACCCAAGGAUAUCAUUGAUGUCACUUUGAAAAGCAUCUCAGUGCUCAGCGUUCACCAGAAAGUAUUAAUAGAUACGAUUAAAAAUGGUUGCGACUUUUUUAUACCUUUGACUUCAUUAGGGUUUACAAAACUGUCUCCAGGAAUGGUAGGUUUGUUGGGGGCAAUUUCUUCUAUUGCGGGGUUAUUAGUUCUAUUAGAUUCUUCGAAGAAGUUAACUCCUUCGUAAUUAUGACAUUUUAUAUUUAGUUUUUUAAGAAUAAGAUUUCUGUACAGGCAGAAAUCCACCAAAAUACUUGUUAUAUUUAAAUAUUAUUAAAGGUGUUGUGAUAUUUGUUAGAAUUUAAAUAAAACCUAUUCUUUA